AUGAAUGCACCUGCAGUCCGCAUCCUGCCCACCCUCAACCCCGCCGAGGGGCAUACGUUCAUCGAGCCCUGCAAGAGAAUCAACGAAGGCGAAGAUGUGUCCGAAUUCCUGUGCUCAAAAGCAUACGUGGACAUCAUGACCUUCCUUCUACAGCUAAAUCGAUCCAUGAUUCCUUCGAAACUCCCAGACGGAAGCGUCCAGACCUACCCUUUGAACUCCGAUGCCGUCGAAUAUUCUGCCCCAGUUCGACAGCUGCAACAGCUACUGUCCAAGCUCGAGGCUAUCCUUUCAGAAGCUCCCCCGGAUACUGGUCCACGGAGAUUUGGAAAUAUAAGCUUCCGCAAGUGGCAUCGGAUUGUGGAGAGCCGCGCGUCAACUUUACUGGAGGAGUGUUUAUCUCCGGAGCUUCUGCAGACCCGGUCUUCUGAUCCAAAUGGCCCAACGGCUGAAGUCGAAUUAAAGGCUUACUUCCUGGGAAGCUGGGGCAGUGCUCAGCGGUUAGACUACGGUACUGGACAUGAGCUCAGCUUCCUGGCAUUCCUGGCAGGAAUUUGGAAAUUGAACGGGUUUCCGAAAAAUAGCCCCGGGGUGGAAGAGAGAGCGAUAGUCCUCGGCGUGAUAGAACCGUACCUUGAGUUAAUCCGCAAAAUAAUCAAAACCUACACGCUAGAGCCCGCCGGCUCCCACGGUGUCUGGGGCUUGGACGACCACUCCUUCAUUCCUUACAUCUUUGGAUCCGCCCAGUUAGCACCUGCCAUUUCAGACUCCGACCCGACUCCGGAAGAGGGCUCGCUGCCUGAUGCACCAGACCCCAGCGGAGUCGCCAAAGCAAAUGUAGUUGACCGAGAACGAAAAGCGAAUAUGUAUUUCUCUGCAGUUGGCUUCAUCUACGACGUCAAAAGAGGUCCGUUUUGGGAACACAGUCCCAUGCUGUACGACAUUUCCGGCAUUAAAACGGGUUGGGCCAAGAUUAACAAGGGAAUGAUUAAAAUGUACAAUGCUGAAGUACUGUCCAAGUUCCCGGUGGUCCAACAUUUCCCCUUUGGAUCACUUUUCAGCUGGGACCGUGACCCCGACGCUGUUCCCCCACCAUCUACUGUUCACACGUCGUCGGCACCGCAAGCAAGAAACAAGGAUUCUGCCCCAGGAUCCGGCACUAAAGCUCCAUGGGCUACCCCCUCGCCGGCAGGUCCGCCAGGCGUCACGGGGACUGCGGCACCUUGGGCCACUGCUAGAGGCCCUGCACUCCCCGAUGCAUCGCGUGCAUCAGGUCCGAUGGCCCCUACACGGGCUCCUUGGGCUAACCCACAGUCAGCAGGACGUGCGCCCCCUGGAAACGCAAGCGAUAUGACCACAAAGGCUCCUUGGGCGAAAUAA